AGAUGUAAUUCCAGCCAUAUCUUGCAUUGUUUAUCCAUGACCGUCAAUAAGUCCGUUCAAUUGUGCAGUAAGCAUGAUGAUCAACAAUGAAAAGGAUCUUGUAGUUGACAGGCAUAAGAAAAGACUGGAUGGCAAUCUGUGCUUUAAUUAUGUGCAUGUCUUCCCGAUCGGGAUUAGCGCGUUAUCCCGCUUUCCGGCACUCACCGCCCGAGACCGUCCACAAUUCCCAUAACGAACUUUUUGUCACGUUCCUUCGCUGCGAUAUUACCUUAAUUCAUAACCCUUCCUCCCUCAUAGUCCCGGCCUCCCUAUACUGUGCCGUCUCUCGCCUCACCUAUCUCCUUUUCCACCCGACAGAACUUGUCCAGCCGCACGCCAAUUUCCCUCCCCAGAUCUUCGACUCCGACCGUUCGAAUCCAUAUCCGUUUGCUUUUGUUAUCUCCCUGUCCUUGAGCUGCGCUCGAGGAUACUUUCGACGGAAUAGACGCAUUGUGCUUUGGUUAAGAAAAAAAAAAAAUUUAAAGAGGGCUGGUUCUUUGGGCGUCCGCGUGUGAAACGCAUACAUAUCAUUACAACGCACACAUUUGCGGUCAACGCCGCCUCGCGUUUUGACCGGUCGUCCUCCCCCUCCCUGCCAGUUCCCGAACGGAAGUGCUUGUGCGACAACUCGAGACGACAGUUCUUUUCCGAUAAAGAAAAAAGACCCAGCCGGAUUGGAUUUCAAUUCUUCCGAAUUGGGUCCCCACGUCGCUCUAUUCACUGGGUUUCUCUUGUUCC